GCCCUAUUGUCUUAUUUCUCGCGUACUUUGCACUUAUCUCACUGUACAGUAGUACGGAAUUUUAAUUGCCGGCUAGUCUCACUGUCUCAGGCUCUCAGCCUCCAUGCUCGAGCUUCUGCACGAGUGCACGGGAAGGCAUACAGUAGUACGGAAUAUUUAAUAUUUUAAUUAUAGCUUUUUUUCUCGACUACAUCUUUUCUCUUUGCCACUGCUAGGUUUUUUUUAGAUGCCCAUACCGAAAUUCGUCGUUAUACAAGUCUUCUCUGAAAUUUGCAUUUCUGCGUUUUGAUGAUGGCCAUAUUUAAAAGGUUUUGGUAAACAUCUUCUAGCAGUAUGGAUAAUAACUCAGAAGGGGCCAUAGACAGUGUAGAGGGAAAACCUUGUAGAAGAAAAAGAAGCAAUCUAUAUCGCCGUCCUCAAAAUGAGUCUCAUUCACCUCCAGAUGUCUAUGCUAGCACUUCUAUGUCAUCUAUGCUGCCCUCAACUAGUCAGAGCAAAGCAUCAAGUGGUGACAACUUUGAUGCUAUUUCAGGGUUAACAUACUCUAACCUCGAUGAAACUGAAUAUUACCAGAAUGCUGGUGGCAAAAAAACCCAUCAAUUUCAUUCCAUAAGUGAUGUCUAUCCCAGCAUAGGAAUUAAAGAUAAUUUAGCAGCUGCUACUGUGAGCAAUUUGGAAACAUUUGGAAAGAUAGGAAGUGAUUUCCAAUCUGGACAAUCAGGAGCAUUGUUGCACGGAGUUGAAAGUCAAGUCAAGAAAGUAAAACUUAAGGUUGGCGGUGUUACUAGGACUAUACAUACAAGUUCUGGUUCUGGGCAUUUGUUGGCUAAGUCAUCUUCCUCAUCAAGUGUUGCUCACCAACAUCAAAAGGAUAGUUCAGACAAGGGAAAUGUCUUGCAAGGUGUUCCGUGGAAGGACUUCUCCAAGAGUGGAUUUAUUUUUGGGAGAUCUUCAGGGGAUAGCCCUCUCAAGCAAACUGCUAAAUACAACCCAGCACAUAAGAGCAAACAUUUCUCUAAAACAUCCAAAUCAGGCGAAUUCAACACUGAGUAUGACGAUGAUGAUGAUGAGGAGAUUCGUUUUCUUGAAAAACUAAAGACCUCUAAAUUUGCUACACGUCAUGGCGGAGCAUAUGAUGAAGAUGAAGGAGGAAUUAAGAAGCUGCGGAAGAUUUCAAGAGUCUUUAAUCAGACUGGCAACAUUUAUGAUGUAAAAUCACGGGAUUACAACCCCAUCAAAACAUCUCAAGAGAGUAGUAUGUUCAAAUCAGUUGGAGAAUUUGGGGAUAAUGAUUAUGUAGAAGAGGACGAGGAGUCAUUAUCUGAUCAUGAGUUAAGACCUAAGAUGAAACAAUGCAAGGAUUUAGGUCAAAUAUCAGGGAGUGCUAGGAAUGAAAUGGCUAUGACUACACGAAAGCGUGCCCAACAAACUGGCAAGGAAGUAUCAUCCAUUUCCAGUAUAAGUGCAGUUGAAUUCCCUCAGGGACUACCACCUCAUCCUAAAAAGCAAAAGGAGAAACUCUCCGCAGUUGAACAACAACUGAAAAAAGAUGAAGCUGCUCAGAGGCGCAGGAUGCAAGCUGAAAAAGCUGCCCGAGAAUCUGAGGCUGAGGCAAUUAGGAAAAUCUUGGGUCAAGAUUCUAGCAGAAAGAAGCGAGAAGAUAAACUAAAAAAGAAACAAGAGUCAGCACAGGAGAGGAAAACAAAAGCAGCAGCUCAUCCAUCAAAUGCUAUCAGAUGGAUACUGGGUCCUUCUGGAACAGUUGUAACUUUCCCUAACGAGAUGGGCCUCCCAAGCAUAUUUGAGCCCAAGGCCUGCAGUUACCCACCUCCGCGUGAGAAAUGUGCUGGUCCAUCUUGUACAAAUGUGUACAGGUAUCGAGAUUCCAAAUCAAGACUUCCUCUAUGCAGCCUCCAGUGCUACAAGGAAAUACAUAAGAAGGUGGAACUUCUUGGUGCAUGUUGAUUAUGAUGCAGUAUCGAUUUUUUAUGUUUUAAAUGUGAGUGGGUACUUUUUGAGCGUUUGUCCAUCUACUAUGCAACUUUGUUUAGGAAGAUUUGAUGUCGUAGUUGAAUGUAAAAUCAUUUUGUACAGCUUUUGAACAUGAUAUAACGUCUCAGCUCCCAAAAC